AUGGUGGCCAACGGUCACCCGGACCGCUUCCCCACGCGCCGCGAGCUGCUCGCCGCCGGCCGGCACGACCUCGUGGCGGCUUGCCUGGCGGACGGCGGGUGGCUCAGCGCCGGCUGGGACCCCUCUUCGCGCGUCCCUCCCCUAGAAGCGGAUAGCAGAGGCAAGGGUUGGCCAGGAGCGGGUAGCGCGGGAGAGGGGGACACGCCAAGAGGGCCCUUAUCUUGGGCGCUCGAGGCUUCUAACGAGGACGCGUCCUCUUCGUCAGAGGAGGAAGAAGUAUGGUCAGCGGGGGAGGGCUGGUCAGAGGGGGAGGGGGGAAGCAGCAGCGAGUGGGAGGAAUUCUCUGCGUCAUCAGAGGAGGAGGAGGAUUCCGGUUCAGACGAGGGCAGAGGGGCUCUAGGCAAUCCCGCUGCCGGCUCUCUGGUUGACCCUGCUGCAAGCGAACCAGGCAGUGCGCGAGAGGGCCAGGAGAGGGGGUAUGGGGUUCAGGGGAGCAAGCGUGGGGGCAAUGGGAACAGGCAGCAGGACAGGGUGCGGGGCGGGGAGGAGAGUGGGAGUGAGAGUGAGGGUGUGAGUGAUGGUGAGGGGAGUGGUGGUGAGGAAAGGGAGGGUAAGGGUGGGAGGGGGACGAUUGCCGGUGACGGAGGGGGAAGCAGGGCGUGGAGGGGGGGUGGGAGGAGGGGUUAUGGGAGUGGAGAGGAGGGGGAGAAGCGGAAGAGGAGGAGGAGGAGGCGACCGAGUGGGAAGAGGAGGAAAGUGGAGGAGGAGAAUCUCCCACUCGACCCUGCUGCACUGCGGCAGCAGCUGCAGGCGUUCUCAGUCGCAGCGGGGCAGGCGGGCAUCAUGCCGACGCAGGAGCAGCUAAAGCUCGCAGGGCGAGGGGAAAUCCUCAGUUCCGUCCCCCCUCAUUCCUCCCUUUCCUCCCUUUCCUCCCCUCCCAGCCCUGCUAACUUGCGGCAACAGCUGCAAGCGUUCUCAGUGGCGGCGGGGCAGACAGGCAUCAUGCCGACACAGGAGCAGCUGAGACAAGCGGGGCGAGGCGACCUGGCAGCCGCACUCAGGCAGCUGGCGAGGGAACAGGCGGGGGUAGGGGCAGGGCGCGCAGGGGAUGGGCAGGCAGGGGCAGGCGCAGGGCAGGACGGGGAGGGGAAGGUGGGGGGAGGAGCAGGGUGGGAAGGGGAGGGGGGAGGAGAGGUGCAAUGGGGACGGAAGGGGGCGGAGGAGAGUUGGCCGAAAGGGACAGGGGCGGGGCAGGAAGUGCGGGGGAUGGGCGGGAUGGGCGGAGGUAAAGCAGGGCAGGGGGCAGCAGAGGACGCAGGAGGUGGGGUGGGGGGGGAAGGAGUGGCGGUGGGGAGGGGCAUGGGGUGGAGUGCUGUGGCGAGGUUCAUGGGGCUGGGUAGGCGGAGGAGGGGGAGGGCAGCAGGGGGGGCGGAGGGGAAGGGAGGCGGAGUGCGUGGGGAGGGGGUGGAUGAGGGCGAGGGUGGGAUUGAAGGGGGUGGAGCUGGGGCUGUACCGGAGGAGUCAGUUGUAAUGAGCAGUCCUGUUAAGCCACACUCCUUGCCUCCCUCCCUCCCUCCCUCCCUCCCUCCCUCCCUCCCUCCCUCCCUCCCUCCCUCCCUCCCUCCCUCCCUCCCUCCUCUUCCUCUCCGCGUCCUGUCGUCUUCCCCCCACUCCCUCGUUUCCCCCCUGCAGCCUCGGAGACCAGUGGGGCGCCCUAGAAAAACCCCGCCAGAGAAUCAGGGGCGAGCUGAGGAGGCAGGGAGGGAGGCAGCACAGGAGCCUGGUGUGGGGCCAAGCAUUGGUGGAGGGGGCGUUGGGGGGGCCACGGGGAAGGACGAGGGGGAGAAGGCGAGCAGAGAGGAAGCAGAGGAGGAAGAGAAGAGGAGGAGAGUGGAUGACGGGGGUGUGGUGGAAGGGAGAGUGGGGGAGGAAAGGGUGGGGGAGGGGAGGGUGGGGGGAGCGAGGGUGGUGGAGGGGACGGUGGGGAAUUUGGACGGCUUUGAUGCAGCGCUUAGUGCCAGCCUGGCGAAUCUGAUGGCGUUCAGAAAGAGGCUGGAGGGGUUGGAAGCUGGCGCUGGCAGCAUAGCUGCUGCCGCAGGGACUGCUGCAGGGACUGGUGCUGCUGCAGGGACUGCUGCAGGGAUUUCUGCGGGGACAGCUGUAGGGACAGCUGGGGGCCUGGCCCAGGCAGCAGGUGGCGUGCAAGAGGAGGUGGUGCCUUCCCCAGAUGAGCCUGCUGUGAGGAAGAGGAGGCGGAGGGUGGGGAGGAAAGGUAGUGAGGGGACGGUGGGGAGGAAAGGUAGUGAGGGGGUGGUGGGGAGGAAAGGUAGUGAGGGAACGGUGGGGAGGAGAGGCAACGCAGGGAUGGACGCUGAUGGCACUGAUGCACCCGCUGCUGGUGCUGACGCUGGGACUGGCGCUGCUAGUAGUGCUGAUACUGAUGCUGGUGCUGGUGUUGGUGGUGACAGGUCUCCUGCUGUUGACCUAUCAGGGGUUGGUACUGAUGGUGAGGAUACAUCUGCUUCAGCUGCAGCCGUGCUUUCUCGCCUCGUGGGUGCCUUCCCUCCAUCACCAAAACCAUCACCACCACCACCAUCACCACCAGCACGAGCCCCUACCACUUCCGCCGCUCGUGGUUCCGUCUCGUCUGCAACAGAGGAGCCAGGGAUCACAGCAGGGGUGGCAGCAGAAGCAGACGCAGCACGUGAGGCACCAGCACCACUGCCAGCACCAGCAGCAGCAUCAGCAGAAGACGCAGAAAAUACCGGGCCUGUACCGAGAGAGUCGCAACGGCCAUCAGAAAACAGACCACAGAGCAAGGAACCUUCCUCGCCACCAGUGCGCAAGUUCCGGUUACCACCUCCCCCUGCUUCGCCAGUUGUGCCUCCCCCAGCUGCCGCCUUCCUGAGACGCGACCCAGAUGAGCUGGCAGGGGUGACGGGGCGAAUCCGAUCCCUCGAGCAAUCGCUGGCCGCCACGCGUGCAGCGCUGAGGCAGGGGAGGGAGGCGCUGAGUCGACGAGAUGCUGAGCUGGAACAGGUCAGUGCUGCUGAGGUGGAACAGAUGCUCAGUCGCACGCUGGGCGAGCUGCUGCGGCUGACAGACUCUCUGGAGUUCAGAGAGAGUGGGUGGGGCUUUUCUUGCUUUGCCCCCGCCUUGCCACCCAUUCCUCCCCCUUCCACACCUCUCUCCACCACUCCCCACCACAUGAUCAGAUGCGCAGUCGCACAAUGGAUGCGCAGUCGCACCAUGGGUGAGCUGCUGCGGCUGACAGACUCACUGGAGUUCCGGGAGAGUGAGAUGCUGCGCACGCGAGCAGAGCUGCGCUCCACCCGGGCCGAGGUCUCGGCUCUGGAAGGCAGAUUCGCCGCCGAGUUCAGGGAGACGAGGCGCGUGUUAGAGGAGAAGGAUCAGCAGCUGGGGGAGCUGCAGGUGGCUUAUGUGCAAUUGAGGCCCACUCGAGUGGUGUGGCCCAACCCCGGGAAUGAGGUGCUUCUCACAGGCUCCUUCAAUGGGUGGACCAACCGGAUCAAGACGGUCAAGUCAAACGCUGGAGUGUUUGUAACAACUCUUCAUUUGUACCCCGGACAAUAUGAGGUCAAAUUCAUUGUGGAUGGAAAUUGGAAGGUUGAUCCACGCAGGGCCAUAGUCUACACACCAAGCGGCCAUGAAAACAACCUUUUAGUGGUCACGUAG